AUGGAUCGCACAGAGCCCACGAAGGUCGAGAGUUACGAAGAAACUGAAAAGGAUAGCAAGGCUUAUUCUGGAGAUGAGGGUGAAAUAACAACGCAAUCCAAUGUGGAAAAGGAAGCAUUAAACACAACCACCAAGUCAAUUGGUAUCAGGCGAGCUGAGUUAUUACAAUUGCAGUAUCAAAAUCCCAUUUUGAGAGUAGUGCUCUUUUUUUGCAUCUUCUUGGUUGCAUAUGGGUAUGGAUUGGACUCAACUGUCCGUGGUAAUUUGCAAUAUUAUGCUACCUCAUCAUACCUGCAACAUUCAUUAUUCACAACGGUGAACGUUAUGCAAUCCGUCAUUAGUGCAGCUGCUCAACCAUUUUACGCAAGAUUAUCUGAUAAGUUUGGUCGUUUAGAAUUGUGCUUGUUCGCGAUAGUGUUUUAUUCAACGGGAACAGUCAUCCAAUCGCAAGCUUACGAUAUCAAUAGGUUUGCAGGCGGCUCAGUCAUUUACCAGAUUGGAUACACUGGUAUUGUUAUUAUGUUGCAAAUUAUUUUGGCUGAUUUUUCAAAUUUAAAUUGGCGUUUACUUUGUUCUUUCAUUCCUGCGUUGCCAUUUAUUAUCAAUACUUGGGUUAGUGGUGAUGUUGUCUCAUCAGUUUUAGCCCAUUACUCUUGGAACUGGGGUAUCGGUAUGUGGGCCUUUAUUUUCCCUCUCAGCUUUGUUCCUUUACUUUGUUGUUUUAUACAUAUGCAUGUCAAGGCCAGAAAGACACCAGAAUGGCAAGUUUUGAGAAGAGAGCAUGAGAGCCAGAGAAAGCACUCAAAGACUAGUCUCACCUAUUGGAAAGCAUUAGUAGUGGAUUUGUUUUGGGACUUGGAUGUUAUUGGAUUGUUGCAUGUUAUUAUCAUUUUAGGAUUUAUUUUGGUACCAUUCACACUUGCUGGAGGCGUCAGCUCGAAAUGGGCAAGAGCCUCAACAAUUGUCCCCUUAGUUAUUGGUGUUGUGUUUAUUCCAAUUUUCGUUGUAUGGGAAGCAAAGUUUGCACGGUCGCCAAUCAUGCCGUUGCCAUUGAUGAAAGAUCGUGGGGUCUGGGCAGCUUUGUUGAUUGCCAUCUUUAUCAAUUGGAUUUGGUACAUGCCUAAUGAUUUCAUGUACACAGUGCUCAUUGUUGGUAUGAAUGCUAGUGUCAAGGCAGCAACCAGAAUAACAUCUUUAUAUUCAUUUGUCUCUGUCAUUGUUGGGCCGAUUUUGGGGUUAGUCGUGGUUCGUGUUAGAAGAUUGAAAGGAUUCAUCAUUUUUGGAUGUAUCUGCUGGGCUGUGAGUUUGGGGAUUUUGUUUCACUUCCGUGGUGCUAAUGACGGUGUUGAAAGUCAAAAGUAUCUUGACGGUGUCAUUGGAGGGUUAUGUUUGAUGGGCUUUGGAGCAGGAUUCUUCACUUACUCAACCCAAGUUAGUAUCAGUACAGUAACCAACCACGAGUACAUGAGUGUCAUAAUUUCUGUGUAUUUGGCAAGUUAUUGGAUCGGCUCUUCAUUGGGUACAUCGAUCAGUGGAGCCAUCUGGACAAACAGAAUGCAUGUGGUCAUUUUGGAUAAAAUGCAAGAGAUGAACAUUGCCAAUGCUACAGAGCUAGCACUGUCAGCUUACAACUCACCCUUUGAAUUCAUUAUUGAAAAUACAUGGGGCUCACCGGCUAGAAUAGCUGUGGUUACCGCUUACGCGCAAGUGCAGAGGUACCUUUGUAUUGCGGGGCUAGUACUUUGUUUCCCAUUGAUUUUAAUUACGUUCUUAUUGAGAGACCAUAGAUUGGAUUCGGUGCAAUCUUUAGAAAUAGAUCACGAUCAUGAAAAGGGUGUUGUUAAAGAUGGCAAGGUUGUGGUCAAUAAUUACGAUGAUGAUAUUUUGAUAAACAAGUUGAGAAGCUUUUUCAAUAUUGGCAAGCGAUAG